ACUGGGUGUUUUGGGGAGCAUCGGCAGGGUCUGGGGAUCAUCCUGCCUGGAGGGGAGGCCCACCCCCUCCUGCUGCUGCCAAGGGUUCAGUGAGGAGCACAGGGAAGUUGAAACCCCUCCAGCUUCACCUGGGGGAGUGCAGAUGAGUUUGUGUGUUAAUUGGAGGCAGCUGGAAUGGAGCCACAGCCCCCACCUGGGAAACCAGAUAAAAGCCAGGGCUUGGGACAGCCUGGUGCUUUCUUCUCCUGGGGUGCUGCCAGGUGAGGGGUGUUGGUGGCCCUGGCUGUCCUUGGGGAGGUGUCUGGGGCCAAGGUGUAUGUUUGGGGCAGGGAAGGAGAUAAUAUUAGUCUGAGCCCAGGGCUGGUUACAACCCUGUGCUGCCCUGGGAGUUUCCCAGGAGGUGCUGAUGUUUGACACUGGCUUUCCUGAGCUGGGAGGCUGCUGGGGAGAAGGAAAGUGUUUUAAUAGGAACUCUGGGGAUGGGAAGCCUGGGAAUGGGGCAGGCACUGGGAUGUGGGGGCUGCAGAGACCCACCCUAACUCUCCUGCUGUCCCUCUCCACAGCGGAGCUCUCCCCGCGGCCUCUCCCAAGAUGAGCCGAGGGGUUGGACCGCCAAGCCCCGCGGACGCUGCUGCCCCGCGGGCGGGAACGCUGCUCGGUGCUGAGAGGGACGGGGCUGCGGGCACAGCCCCGGGCCCUGCUGUCCCUGCCAGCAGGCGGUGGUGCAGAGCCCUCCUGCUGCUGGCCGCCUGUGUCUGUGCCACCGCUGUCCCCUACAGCCUGGCUGCUCUGGCUGCUGUCACCCGGGCUCCCCCGGACUCGUCAGCCUCCCAGCGAGGGGGGGGUGACACUCCGGUGACAUCAUGUGGAGGCCUCCUCACCUCGGGCUGCUUCCCAGGGCUCCAAAGAGUUGUGACCGCUGGGACAGGUGUUGGGGGACAGAGCCUGGGGACCCAGACUGGGGCCACACAGACGCCUCUGACCUCCCUGCAGUGGCAGCCUGGAUCUGGGGAUGGGCUCAGGCUGGGCACAGCAAUGGCUGUGACACUGUCCCCCGCACAGUGGCCUGCCAAAGGGGUGCCUGCUCCCUCAGCUCUGCUCUUGCAGACUGAGGGUGUCCCCAGUCCUGGCUCCUGGCAUCACCUUGCUCAGGGAGGCCUCCAGAGAGCAGGGCCAGGCUCUCAUGGUGCCACACAGCUGCCAGCAGUGACUCCAGCUGGUGGCCUGGGGCAGCUAGAGGGCACAGCAGAGCCCCAGACCCCACAGAAGGAGUCUAAGGCCACCUCCAGAGCCUGGAGUGAGCCAGCUGCUGGGGUCCCUGUCACCUCCCAGGUAUGGCUGCACCCUCCCUCCCUGCUCACAGCUGCUUCUGGCCCCUCUGCAGGGGCUGCAGUGAUGAGGGUGGCACCCAACCAGCCGGUGCCACCCCAAGGGGCAGCUGCGGGGUCUCAGGUCCCACCCAAUGUCCCCACAUGGGCACUGAUGGAUGCACGCUCCUGGAGCCCCAGCACGGCAGAGCGGGUGGUGGCCUCUGCUCUGCCCACCCAAGGGACCCCCAGCCCGGCCAAGCUGCGCCCUGGCACGGUGUGGGUGCCCCCUGCCCUGACACCCGAGGGGCUCUGGGGCUCUGCUGGCACUGCCCUGCCUGGGAAAGCUGCUCCAUUGGUGGACGCUGCACUGGCCCAGGAUGCAGGAAAUGGGUCUGGACUCCUGGAUGCAGCCCUGGCAUCACCUCCUAGCACUGCAACUGCUCCUGGUGCUCAGCACAUGCUGGUUUCCUCCCACGCCACGGCAGAGCCUGGGGCUCCUGCUGUCACCUCGGGGACACAGAGUGAGUGGCCUUCUCCCCCUGCACAGCCAAUGUCCACUGGAGCCUCUCCAGCUCAGACCCCUGCAGGUCCCACCGUGACUGGGAUGAGCUCCACAGCCACCGGUGUCAUCCCAGAGCUUGGACAGAUGUCUGUGGUGGAAGAAUCCAGGCACAGCAAGGCCAGGACAGCAUCAGUGGAACCUGCUUCCACUCCAGCAGGAUCUCCAGGGCCUGCCUCUGCCAGCCCAGGCUCUGUGCUUGCCCCCUGCUCCACAAACCCAGCUCUGGAGCAUGGCUCUGAGCCUGGGCACCACACUGCCACCACCAGCAGCGUGACAUCUCCAGCCUGCCUGCCGACUUCUCCUGGAGCUGGGCAUGCAGCCAACUCCCUGCUCAGCUCCCAGACCCUGGCUGUGCCCACAGGAGUGACCCUCGAUGUCCAUGUCAUGUCCAAUGGCUCCAGCACUUCCCAGCACUCCUCCACAGCCAUGGAGCAUCUCCCUGCAGCCACCAGGGAGGCCUCCAGCCUGGCUGAGAUGAUGACAAUGGGCAAACCUGGCUCCACAGAGCCAAAACCCCCUGCAUCCCCCCCCUUUCCCACACAGCCUGUGCUCGUGCUGCCCUUGCAAUUCCGGCUGCUGGGAGUCACGUACACCCCGGCUCUGGGCAGCAGGAAUUCGGAGAGCUACCGGCAGCUGGAGGAAGAUGUGAGACUGAUGCUAAACCAGUUGCUGUCCAGCUACAAGAGCUUCCUGCAAGCAAAUGUCCUCGAGUUCAUGAAUGGCUCAGUGGUGGUGCGAGGGGAGGUUCUGUUCCAGGGGGAUGCUCCUGCUCCCACCAACUCCCACCUCAUCCGGACACUCCUCACAGAGGCAAGCAAGGGAAGGAGCAUCUUCAGCUGGCAGCUGGAGCCCCACUCUAUCCAGUCUGGUGGUUUUAGCCUGGAGAACUUGGAGCCGGAGAAGCUGUCCAUCUCCCUCACUGGCUCCCAGCUUGGGACGAGCAGGGAGGAUCUUCUGGAGUGGCUGGUCAGGGAGGUGAUUUCAUCUGUCAGUGCCCUCUACCACGUGAGGAACUUCACCAUCUCCCAGCUCAGGACACUCAGUGGGAACACAGAGAUCGCUGGAGACCUCUACCUAGACACAGUUGUCCAUGCUGAUGCUGCAGAGGUUCUGGAAGCCCUGACUGUGCUCUCAGACCUCGCCACAGACCUGACAUCCCUCUCGGUGGAGGGGUACAAGAUUGGUCUGCGCGUGUACCCCAUCUCCUUCCUCGUCACCAACAGACACUUCAGCCAGAAGCUUCAGGAUCCACUCUCUGAGGAGCACCACAAUCUCUCCAGGCACCUUGGUGAUGUGGUGACAAGAGCCCUGAGGGACUACCCAACCUUGCUGAAAGUGAUCAUAAAAGAAUUCCUAGGACACCCUGGACCCCCCCUCACGCCAGCAGGGCUUCCCAGCCUACGGCAUCGCCCUCAUGGUCAUCGGCGGCCUCUGCAUCAUCACCGCGCCCGUCGUGCUCGUGUGCCUGGGGGCCAAGAGGCUGGGCUGGCAGAAUGGAAGAGACCCUGAGGUGGGGAUCCAGACGUUGGAAAUGGAUAACCAGGGGUUCUGGGCAGAGGACUCUGAGGAUGGCCACUUUGAGUGGCAAAACACUUCUGCCUGAGGAGAGAAGCAGCAACUGGGGGGAGCUUGGAGAGGGGCUGUACAUGGGAAGGAGAUGCUGAGAAGCUCUCCCUGAUCAUGUGGCAGCAGCUGCCAAAAGCUCCCUGAGCAGAAUGCAGACUCAGGUGUGUAAUGGAACAAUUUUGUAUCUUAAAUAAACGUUUGUAGACCGUGAAA